AUGUGGUUAGUCAGUGAGCGUCGGGGCCGAGCCGACGGCGACGGCACGGAGCACGAGUACCGAAGCGCGGGAGAGCCGCGCUGCCCGCUCAGCCAGCGCGCCGGCUACAGCACGGUGGAGUUCAAGAGCUCGGCGUGCGCGGGCGCCGGCGAGCCGCCCGCGCCGCCGCUCGCCGCGCUGCCCGACCCGCAGCAGUUCAACAUCUUCCCGGCCUUCUUCAGCCGCCAGCUCAACUUCAGCGCUGGCGGCGGCGGCGCUCAGGGCUCCAAGAUCAUGGAGGAGCUGCGACCGAACUUGGUGGGGGGUCUACUCGGCGUCCCGGGGCUCCUCGACGACCACCAGGCCGACGCCAAGUUCCUCCAGUCGAGCGGGGAGAGCAAGUACACGCCGGACAAGGGAAGGAAAUGCAGUAAUGCGUCGUCGUCGUCGGCGGAGGAAUUCGGUGGACUGUACGGCGGUGACCACGCGGCGACGCCUCCGGCGCCGCCCCUUAGUCGUUCCUUACAAGACCACACAGCUGAAGGAGCGUUCAAAAAAUUAAAACCUGAGCCUGGCGGGACAGGCUCUGGAGGAACAUCAGCGUUGUCCCCGUCCCUCGGUCCCCAGCAUGCGGGCCACACACCCACCACAGCGUCCUGUCCCACGCCCGCGAGACGACGGCACAGGACGACGUUCACGCAGGAACAAUUAGCGGAAUUAGAAGCGGCGUUCGCGAAGUCCCACUACCCUGACAUUUACUGCAGAGAGGAGUUGGCGCGGACAACAAAGCUCAACGAAGCGAGGAUACAGGUCUGGUUUCAAAACCGUCGGGCGAAGUAUCGCAAGCAAGAGAAGCAGCUACAGAAGGCGCUAGCGCCGGCGGUGCUGCCGGGCUGCAACGGGAUGAUGAGGAACAUCCAGGGCUACCGGGGCUACCAGCCCUAUCCGCAUCCCAACACCAUCAACAGAUAUCCACAGCACCAUGGCAGUUACGAGGAGUUGCAGAAGGACAUCUUCUCACUGUCGCAAAUGGGCGGCGGCUCGUACCCCAUGCCACAGGGCUUCUCCAUGGGCCACAGUGCCAACAUGAGUGCCGUUGGCAUGCGCCAGGACACUAUGGGCAUGAGUGCAGAAGACGAAUGGUACAACAAAUCUCUAUCCGCUCUUCGGAUGAACAGCGGGCACCACGCGAACCUGGCGGCGGCGCCCAUGCUGCAGUACCAGACCUAA